AUGGCACGGAAGAGCAAGGAGGACGACUACUGUUGCGACGCCGAUGACGACGACUACGAGGACUACAACAGCACAGACGAGGACAACGUCUGCCAAACCGACAGCGAGUACGGCGGCGUCGAAGAUGACGGCGACGAAAAGCCCGAGGAGUGCGAAAAGGACUACGAUUUCGUGACCGAGGACGACGUGCGCAGGUGCCAGGACGAGGUCACGGCGGAGAUCUCCGACCGGCUGUCGGUCCCGCGGGGCUUCGCCGCCGCCUUCCUGCGGCACUGCCGGUGGGAUGCCGAGCGGCUGGAGAACGAGUGGUUCGCCGACGAGCGGCGCGUCCGAGGCGCCGUCGGCCUGGCGGCGGCGGGGGGGCUCGACGGCGACGUCCCUACGGCGCUCAACUCCCUCCCGCUCACCUGCGCCAUAUGCUUCGACAUCUACGCCCCCGGCGAGAUGAGGUCGGCGGGGUGCUCGCACUACUACUGCCACGAGUGCUGGCGCGGCUACAUCCGUGCGGCGGUGGGCAAUGGCGCGCGGUGCCUGCUCCUGCGGUGCCCGGGCCCGGGCUGCACGGUGCCCGUCGUGCGGGAGCUCGUCGACGCGGCGGCCGCCGGCGAGGACCGGGCGCGGUACGCCAUGUUCGUGGUCCGGUCGUUCGUGGAGGAGGGCACGAGCAAGUACGUCCGGUGGUGCCCCGGGCCCGGGUGCACCCUCGCCGUCCGGUCCGAGUCCGGCUCCCGGCUGUACGAGGUGACGUGCAAGUGCAAGCACGUCUUCUGCUUCCGGUGCGGCGAGGACGCGCACCGGCCGGCGUCGUGCGAGACGACGCGCGCGUGGGUGGACAAGUGCAGGUCCGACGGGGAGACCUCCAGCUGGGUGCUGGCCAACACGAAGCACUGCCCCGAGUGCCGGCGCGCGAUCGAGAAGAACCAGGGGUGCAACCACAUGACGUGCGGCGCCCCCUGCUACCACCAGUUCUGCUGGCUCUGCCUCGGCUCGUGGGCGGACCACUCCGGCAACUUCUUCCACUGCAACCGCUACGCAGCGGCCAAGUCGGAGUUCACCGAGGAGAAGACGCGGGAGCGGCAGGCCAGGGCGUCGCUGGAGAGGUUCCUGCACUACUACGAGCGCUUUACGGCGCACGGCGCGUCGAUGAAGAAGGCGCAGGAGGACCUGGACAACCUGCGGGCCGACGGCGGCGGCCUGUACCAGCUCGGCGACGCCAUCGGCGUGCCGCCGACGGAACUGGACUUCCUCCUGGAGGCGUACGCGCGGAUCGUCGAGGCGCGGCGGGUGCUGCGGUGGACGUACGCGCACGUGUACCACCUGGACCCGGCGCGCGACAACGUCGAGUUCUACGAGUACCUCCAGGGCGAGGCCGAGAAGUCGCUGGAGCGGCUGCACCACUGCGCCGAGGAGGAGAGGGACCUUCUGAAGAAGGAUCUAUACUAUUACGGUGCCGCCAUCCCCGCUGGGUACGCCGCCGGGAAGUACAUGGAGUUCAGGGAGAAGCUCUGCCACCUCAAUCUUGUGACGCGAAACCACUUUAGCACACUCGUGGAGGGGUUUGAGUCUGGCAUGGCCGAGGUCGUGUCGUGA